CAUACCUUGGCCUCCACGUGCCACAGUGGCCCUCAGAAGGAAUGGCAGUUGUGGGCAGCAUGCUUGGCCUGCUGUGGCAGCAUGUGGUGAUGGGGGCUGCCCCCGUGGGCCGCUGCCUGCACAUGUCUUUCCAUCGGGCUGACAGCAGCAGGGCCUCGCUCACUCGUGUGCACAGACAGGCCUAUGCACGCCUCUAUCCCAUGCUCUUGGUCAAGCACAAUGGCUCCACCAUUCACAUCCGAUAUCAGGAGCCCAGAAGGAUGCUAGAGAUGCCUGUGGACCUGGAUGCCCUAUCCCAGGAUGAGAGGCGGGCACGGAUCCACAGACGUGAGGCCCAGCUCCGAGGGAAGGAGGAGGAGCCAGAGCUCCUUGACAACUUUGACCUGGAGCGGUACAAGCAGUUUUGGAUCAGAAGUAACCAUGGCCACAAGCUGCCCUGCCUCAGGAUACUGUAG